AUGCCGUCAAUCGGUCGCUAUAUUCGCGGUAUUCGCGCGGUGGGGAUCAAGGAGUGGUGGCACCAGAUGCAGGGCAUCGGAGACGUGAAGGCGGGCAGAUUUGUUGGAAAGGACCAGUUCGGGAACAGGUAUUUCGAGAACUUGGACGGAUUCCAGGAGGUUCCUGGCCGUCACCGAUGGGUCGACUUCUCUCAGCACUACAAUAAUGCAACCCAGGUUCCUCCUGAGUGGCACUCCUGGCUAUCUCACAUUCGCAUGGACCCUCCGACUGAGGACCCAGUCAUGCUGAAUUCAUCGCCACCCUGGAAGGCACCAUGGAUUGAGAACCUGACCGGCACAAGAGGAGCGUACAGGCCGUACAACACUGUGAAGCCAAAGAUCGAGCACUGGGAGCCCAAGGCCAUCCCUCGUGGUUGA